CGCCCCCGGCCCGGCCCGGCCGCCGCACCCCGCCCCGGCCGGCCCCUCUAGCAUGGUGCGGGGCCGCCGCCGCCUCGUCCUCCGGCUGCCGACAUGGGCGAGAGGCUGGAGCUGCGGCUGAAGUCGCCCGUGGGAGCCGAGCCCGCCGUGUACCCCUGGCCGCUGCCCGUCUACGACAAACACCAUGAUGCUGCUCAUGAAAUUAUUGAGACAAUUCGGUGGGUCUGUGAAGAAAUCCCAGAUCUCAAGCUUGCCAUGGAAAACUAUGUUUUAAUUGACUAUGAUACAAAAAGCUUUGAGAGCAUGCAGAGACUGUGUGACAAAUACAACCGAGCCAUCGACAGCAUCCACCAGUUGUGGAAGGGGACGACGCAGCCGAUGAAGCUGAACACGCGUCCCUCCAACGGGCUCCUGAGGCACAUCCUGCAGCAGGUCUACAACCACUCAGUCACAGACCCUGAGAAACUCAACAACUACGAGCCCUUCUCCCCUGAGGUCUACGGAGAAACUUCCUUUGACUUGGUGGCCCAAAUGAUCGAUGAGAUUAAAAUGACAGAGGAUGAUUUGUUCGUUGACUUGGGCAGUGGUGUGGGGCAGGUGGUGCUUCAAGUGGCUGCAGCCACAAACUGCAAACAUCACUACGGAGUGGAGAAAGCUGAUAUUCCAGCCAAGUAUGCCGAGACGAUGGACAGAGAGUUCAGAAAAUGGAUGAAAUGGUAUGGGAAGAAACAUGCAGAAUACACACUGGAAAGAGGUGACUUCCUCUCAGAAGAAUGGAGAGAGAGGAUUGCAAACACAAGUGUUAUUUUUGUCAAUAACUUUGCCUUCGGGCCUGAGGUGGAUCACCAGCUGAAGGAGCGCUUUGCGAACAUGAAGGAAGGUGGGAGAAUUGUGUCCUCAAAACCUUUUGCACCUCUAAAUUUUAGAAUUAACAGUCGAAACUUGAGUGAUAUUGGCACUAUCAUGAGGGUUGUGGAGCUGUCACCACUGAAGGGCUCCGUGUCCUGGACGGGGAAGCCAGUCUCCUACUACCUGCACACGAUUGACAGAACCAUACUUGAAAACUAUUUUUCUAGUCUCAAAAAUCCAAAACUCAGGGAGGAACAAGAGGCAGCUAGACGUCGUCAACAAAGAGAAAACAAAAGUAACACAACGACUCCAACGAAGAUCCAAGAAAACAAGGAUUCUGGUGCUGAAGAAGAAAAAGCUGCAGCAAAUUCUGUAAAAAAGCCAUCUCCCUCCAAGGCCCGGAAGAAAAAGCUGAGUAAGAAAGGCAGGAAAAUGGCAGGGAGGAAACGAGGCCGCCCCAAGAAAAUGAACACAGCAAGUACUGAACGCAAGACCAAGAAGAACCAAACUGCACUAGAACUUCUGCAUGCUCAGACUGUCUCCCAGACAUCUUCAUCCUCUCCUCAGGAUGCCUACAAGUCACCUCAUAGCCCAUAUUACCAACUACCUCCUAAAGUGCAACGGCAUUCGUCCAACCAGCUCCUGGUGGCACCCACCCCCCCUGCACUACAGAAGCUGCUAGACUCAUUUAAGAUCCAGUACAUGCAGUUCAUGGCAUACAUGAAAACUCCUCAGUACAAAGCAAGUCUGCAACAGUUACUGGAGCAGGAAAAGGAGAAGAAUGCUCAGCUGAUGGGGACAGCCCAGCAGUUAUUCACCCACUGCCAGGCCCAGAAAGAGGAAAUCAAACGCCUGUUUCAGCAGAAGCUCGAUGAGUUGGGAGUUAAAGCUCUGACGUACAACGACCUGAUCCAGGCUCAGAAGGAAAUCUCUGCUCACAACCAGCAGCUGAAAGAACAGACAAAACAGCUGGAGAAGGACAACAGUGAACUCAGGAACCAGAGCUUGCAGCUGCUGAAGGCUCGGUGUGAAGAACUGAAGCUGGAUUGGUCAACGCUGUCACUGGAGAACUUGCUGAAAGAGAAGCAGGCCUUGAAGAAUCAGAUUUCUGAGAAGCAAAAGCACUGUUUGGAACUGCAGAUCAGCAUUGUGGAACUUGAGAAGAGUCAGCGGCAGCAGGAGCUGCUGCAGCUCAAGUCCUACACACCCUCAGAGGAGCCCCUGUCAGUGCAGCUGCACAGCAAAAGCCACCUGAGCCGUGACCCCGAGGCUGAGCACGGCAGGUUCCAGCUGGAGCUGGAGUGCUCCAAGUUCCCCAUGCCCCACAUCAAUGGCAUGAGCCCCGAGCUGUCCAUGAACGGCCACGCCACCCCCUACGAGCUCCAGCACGCCUUCAGCCGGCCUUCAUCCAAGCAGAACACCCCCCAGUACCCCAACUCCCACCUGGACCAAGACAUCGUGCCCUGCACCCCCAACCACAGCAGGCAGAAGGCAGACAAGGUGACGAGCCUGUCCCUCCCUGAUUACACCAGGUUUUCCCCUGCUAAAAUUGCCCUGCGGAGACACUUGAAUCAGGACCACGGAGUCAAUGGAAAAGCAACAGCUAAUGAGAUACAGAGAGCUGAGCAUGUCAAAGAGAAUGGCCUUACAUAUCCAAGCCCUGGAAUUGCAAAUGGCAUAAAGCUGAGUCCUCAGGAAACUCGGCCCUCCUCCCCCGCGGCCUUACCCAGUGCAGGAGAGAAGGUUUUGAGAGAGAGAACCUCUGUGAGUAAUGGAGAAACUAUCACCAGCCUCCCUAUCAGUAUUCCUCUGAGCACAGUGCAGCCCAAUAAACUCCCUGUUAGUAUCCCUCUGGCCAGCGUAGUCCUACCUAGCCGUGUUGAGAAGGUGAGAAGCACACCCAGCCCAGUUCACCAGAGUAGAGACUCAUCGACACUUGAAAAGCAGAUUGGUGCUAGUUCUCAUAAUGGCAUAAGCAAUGCUGCUGGAAACAAGCCUCUGGCUUUGGCUACCUCAGGUUUUUCUUACUCUUCUGGCUCCGUGGCAGUCAAUGGAAAUCUUACAAACAGCCCAGCCCAUCUUAACCAUAGUGUUGAUCAGGCAGCUCUGGACGACUCUGGGAGUCUCUUUAACUCUGUAGGGUCUCGGAGUUCCACUCCACAACAUCCUUUGCUAAUGAUGAGGAACUCUGGGCAGAACUCCCCUGCUCAGCAGCACUCGAGCCCCCGCUUAAGUGGCCCGGCCCCGAGCCUGGCAGGGGGACUGCAGAGUGCAGAGGCUCAGAAGAUCUUUGCCGAAGGAACAAAGGGGGACCUGCAGUCUGAUGCAGCGUUUUCAGAUCCUGAGAACGAGGCCAAGAGGAGAAUCAUCUUUACAAUCUCUCCUAAUACAGGACAUGUAAAACAAUCCCCUUCCAGCAAGCACAGCCCCGUGCCCGCCGGCGCCCGGCCGGCCGGCGGCCAGGCCCACGCGCAGGACGGGAAGAAGCGCGGCCGGCGGAAGAGAUCCUCCACGGGGAAUCCCAGCGGGAACGCCGCCGUCUCCCCGAAACGCAAAUCCCUGCCCUCGGUGGCCGGGCUCUUUACGCAGCCCUCAGGGUCACCGCUCAAUAUCAACUCCAUGGUCAAUAACAUUAACCAGCCCUUAGAAAUAACAGCCAUUUCCUCUCCUGAAAACUCCCUGAAGAACUCUCCUGUUCCUUACCAGGACAAUGACCAGCCCCCAGUGCUGAAAAAGGAGAAGCCCCUCGUUCAGAGCAACGGUGUCCAUUACUCCCCCCUGACAUCGGAUGACGAGCAGGGCUCUGAGGAUGAGCACAAUAGCAGCAGAAUUGAAAGGAAAAUUGCAACAAUAUCAUUGGAAAGCAAAUCUCCGCAGAAGACUGUUGAAAAUGGUGGCAGCUUAUCGGGGAGGAAACAAGCACAAAGCAACGAGAACAUGAACAGCAGCAAAUGGAAAUCGACUUUUUCACCGAUAUCUGACAUCAACCUGACCAAAACCACAGACAGCCCCUUGCAGGCGGUGUCAGCCCUGAGCCAGAACUCCCUGUUUGCCUUCAGGCCGCCCUCCGAGGACGGGCUGGCCAUGGACACCAAGGUCCCAGGACACCCCAGGAAGAGCCUGGCAGUGCCCUCGGAUGGGCUGAGCCCUGGCACAAACCCCCCCAAUGGCUUCACCUACAACGGGGGCCUGUCCUCCGAGCUGGGCCUGCACGGCUUCAUGGACAGCGCCGCUCUUCCACACAAAGCUCCGGACGGGACGGCCUCCACCUGCUCCCUGGGCUUCCCCUCGCAGCGAGGCAAGGACCUGGGGGUGUCAGACACGAACCUUUUCCUGAACAAGAGGCAGCUGGAAGGUCUGGGCACCAAGGGAGAAGAGCUGAGCCGGCCGGGGGUGAAGGGCAAAGAGCUCAGCGAGCUGAGCGCCCGAGCGGGGGGGUCUGCGGAGAAAAACUCUGUGCAGCACAACGGAAAGGUCGGCAAGGGAAGGGACCGAGACGUGGAGUUUAAAAACGGCCACAACCUUUUCAUUUCUGCUGCUGUUUCGUCUGGUGGCCUUCUGAAUGGUAAAAGCCUUUCUACUGCUGUUUCCUCAGCAGGGAACCCAGCGCCGUCUGUCCCGACGCACCAUCCUUUCCUCAACACUCUGACCACUGGAUCGCAGUUCCCCCUCGGCCCCAUGGCCUUGCAAGCAAACCUCAACUCGGUGACAAAUUCCUCAGUAUUGCAGUCCUUAUUUAAUUCAAUGCCAGCUGCUGCCAGUCUGGUCCACGUGUCAUCAGCUGCAACCAGACUGACUAAUUCUCACACUAUGGGGAACUUCUCUCCUGGGGUUACAGGUGGAACAGUUGGAGGUAUUUUUAACCAUGCGGUGCCUUCUGCCUCCUCUCCUCAUCAAUUUGGAGCCAGUUUCAGCAGCAGUGCUGUCUCUAGCAGCACCGUGCUAAGCUUAAACCCUCUGCAGGCUGUUGCCAGCACCUCAUCCUCAUCCUUCCCACCCUCUUCCUCUAAUUUAGUAACAUCUAGUGAGACUAGACCUGCUCAGCACCUCAACAGAGCGCCAGUGCAAUCUGUCUUCCAUCCCCCUCCGCCCCCUCCUAACGUGUCCUUGCCUCCUCCUCCUCCUUUACUCGCUUCUAACUCCGAGCCUGCUCUCCUGCAGAACCUGCCCUCCAUCCCCCCCGGCGAGACGUUCCUGCCCUCCUCCUCUGCUCCUGUCCAGUCUAACUCUUCUUUGUCUAUUAAACUGGCUUCUCUCCAGCACAAACCCUCCCGUCCCUCCUUUACAGUCCAUCACCCGCCCCUGCCCCGCGUGCUCCCGCAGCCCAACGCCGCUGGCACGGCCGCUAUGUGGGUGACCCUUGGCAUGCAGCCUCCUUAUGCUUCGCACCUUUCGGGGGUUAAGCCACGAUAAAGAGCUUGCUUAGCUAACAGUUCUUGUUUUGUAAGGUAAGGCCAGACACAAAACCAGAGGAGUUUGUGUGCGAGAUGCUCACUGACGCUUCUUCCUUUACAGAGAGAGGUCGGGGCCGGGCUCCGUGAAACAGAAACCUCUGAAACGGGGAAAAUCACCCCGAAAACGGGGGAGACAAACCUCUAAAAUGGGGAGAGAAAUCUCUAAAAUGUGGGGAGCAAAUCACCUGGUGGCAGAGGAUGGAAAGUGUUGGUGCUCUCUGUUCUGGGAGUCAGGAUUUCUCGACAAGGAGUGCUCACAGGGGUAACUCUGCUCUGGCUCAGGGUUAUGUUCAGGCUGAAAUCUCUUCAGAGAAAGAGAGAGUAUUCUUUCUGGAGGUAGUAACAGGAGGAAAUGUCUUUUUUCCAUGUGGUUUUAUACUCUUGUGGAAGUGGGUGUUGCCCAUCUGAUCCCCUCCCCUCCUGCACAGCCUGUUUAUCCCAAACCUGUCCUUGUCCGUAGCACUGAGGUGCCCAAAGGUGCCUCUUUGUGACUCUGUGUGACAACGUGGUGGUCAGUAAAAACUGCCAGUCAACAACAGCUGCUCUAAAUAGUCAUAAAGUUAAAAAUCUCCAGGUUACAAGCUUUAGCUUUGCUUGGAGAGCAAAUUCCCUGGGCCUGCAGGUGCAGUGCAGUCAGUGUUCCCUGCAUCACUGGAAACACAAGCACAGGCAGCAGAGAAGGGCUGUGACUCCCCUGUCACUUCCCUGUGCUGGACUCACUGCCAGGGCUGGCAGGAACAGUCUCAGCAGAUGUUUUAUUUUUGCUCACAAGCCCUGGGAGCACAGGGAAUGUGCAGGGGGAAGUGGGUUCCACUCUCCACAAAGGCUGAAGGAGAGGAGGGUUCUGGAGGCUGUGUGCAUUUCUCCUGAAGCAGGUAUUUAUUGAACUGUCUCUAGAGCUACUCCAGAAUAAACUGUACCACCACAGAGCUGGGUCCUGUGGUUCAUGCAAACACUCUGUGGCAAUCCUGCUGUACCAACUCGUGCUUGCCAAGUGCAUCCAGCGUGUCCAGCCCCGGAGCUGGCUCCGUGCUUUCCUUAUAGAUCUGUGAUGUUGUUGCUGUCCACUGGUACCAAAGCUACAAACGUGGUUGAACACACUUUGCUGCUUAUAAAACUUGAUUACAACAUACCUGAGAGAGCCUCUGUGCAUUGUGUGUAGUGUCUUCCUCACCAAAUUCCUCCUCAGACACCACAAACCCCUGGUUAGGCUUUUGGGAGGCACGUAAGUAUUGCCAGGUCCCUCCCUGCAGGAAAGGGAGGCUGAGGAAGGGAUUUGUGUGCCAGCAGAGAGAUGGGCUUGGAAAACCCCAAACAGAGAGAGGAUGGGGAGGAAGGAAGGUGGGGGUGGUGAGGAGGGUCAGUUUGGGGUCUGUACCAGGGCAGUGUGAGAGUCUCUGCUGGAAUUACCUGGAAUUGAGGCCAUGCUGGACUAGGAUCCAUCAGGUGUCACAGUCCCUGUCACUGAAAAAUACUGAAAAUAGAGGCAAAGCAUGAAAGGGAUUUGUAGAAGAGUAGCUGGGUGUCAAAGCUGGGUUGUUGGAGCACAGGAGCAGAACUGAUGGUACCAGAGGUGGUUGUGAUCCCAAGGCUGACCUGAAGCCAGGUCAGGUAUUUGAGCAGUGCCCUGGAUUUCAGUGAGAACAGAUGUGCUCAGUCCUUGAGGAUCCAGGGCUGAAACCAGGAAUUGGGGACUGAAAUAAGUUACUUUGCUUCUCUGCUCUGGAGCCAGGCUGGGAGAGCUGGGGGUGCUCACCUGGAGGAGAGAAGGCUCCAGGGAGAGCUCAGAGCCCCUUGCAGGGCCUAAAGGGGCUCCAGGAGAGCUGGAGAGGGACUGGGGACAAGGCCUGGAGGGACAGGACACAGGGAAUGGCUCCCAGUGCCAGAGGGCAGGGCUGGAUGGGAUAUUGGGAAGGAAUUGUUGGCUGGGAGGGUGGGCAGGCCCUGGCACAGGGUGCCCAGAGCAGCUGUGGCUGCCCCUGGAUCCCUGGCAGUGCCCAAGGCCAGGCUGGACGGGGCUUGGAGCAGCCUGGGAUGGUGGAAAAUGUCCCUGCCAUGGCAGGGGUGACACUGGAGGAGCUUUAAGGUCCCUUCUGACCUAAACCUUUCUAUGAUUCAUGUCCCUCCCCCACAAUAAUAACAAAACUCAAAGCAGAUUAUCUUCUACUAUAAAAAGGUGAAGUACUGAGGGGGGAAAUACCUUUUUUUUUACUCUUUUCCCCCUCACUCGGUGUCAGCCCCACAGGACAGAGUUCUACACAGUCACAGCUUGAAAAACUGCAGCAUUUGGAGGGGCCAUGUGUCCCUUGGAACAUCCCAAACAUGGGAUUGGGUCAAGAUUUGCUUCAUCUGAGGAGGUCUUGGAGCAAUGUAGAAAUGAUUGAGACAUCUAACAACACUGCAGAUUUUUGCCUUUUAUUUAGAUGAGUCUCUUCCUCUCCUCCUGUUGUGCAGGUAACUAGGAUUUCUACCUCAACCCAAUGUGACCUAUGCAAGGACAACGUGGACCAACUUCACUCGGCUUCCACUGAAAGGUGCUCACCUGGCCUGUGCAGGGGUUUCUACUCUCUUACUACUGGACAAAAUAAAAACCAUUAAAAAGACCUAAACAACAGAGCAAACAUUUACUGUGAAUCUGAGUAAAAAAAAGGAAAAAAAAGGCAAAAAAAAAAAAAAAGGCAAAAGAAAUGCUUAAAGCUCCAGUUUGUAUUGUUGAUAGUUUAGAUAAAGUAUUUAUCUUUUUUUUAAAGUGAAAACAAUUUUGACUUAUUUUAUUCCACCUAGAUUCAUAAAUACAAGUUAUUAUUAUUAAAUUCUCUGAAUACUAAAGGACUGGCACACCAGCAGAGAUGUAAAAGAGCCUCCUCGGUGCUAUUUUGUCCGUCAGAACUGUGCCUCUGGUUUGAAUCCUUGGUGCUGAUUUUGAGGGGUUGACCAAUGCCAAACCCAGUUCUUAAAGGUCUGCAGAUUAUUUAUUCCCCUGACUCUGUUCAUAUCCCAAAAUCCACUUGGUUGGCAGCCGGGGCUGACCGAGGAAGGAAUUCUCCUCCCUGGGGUUUGGCUGGGACUGAGCCGGGCGCUUUGGAACUGGGUGAGUUUUAAUUGAGUUUGUGACUAAGGAGGGCUCUGUGCUCCCCUCUGGAGCAGCCUGGGCAGGCACAGCCCAUGCAGGCACAGCUGGAACCGGAGAAAUCCAAGUCCUCCCCCAUCCAAACUACUUCCCUGGGCCAUCUGCAGUUGCUGGUGGCGUUUGGGUCACUGUGAAUUUUGGUAGCUGGUUUGGUAACUCUUCUUGGGGCUGGCCCUGGCCUGUGAACAGGGUUUGUGUUCACUGGUGCAGCCCCUUCCCAGCCUUGGGAAGACUGAACGUUGUCCUUCUGUCCUGCUGCAGGGUGCAGAGUUUGCUCAGCUCGUUUUUUUGUUCCAAGCACGACGUGUUUCGUUGGUAAGGUUUUGAUACUUGACUCUGACCCGGCUUGGCCGUGUACAUGGAUUGACAAGGUGCAUUUUGUGCAUUUUGCUUUUGUAUUCCUUUGCUUUUGAGUAGGUUCUUGAAUGGUAGUUCACAAAAACACCCUGACCUGGCUGCCUGUGCUGCCACUGUCCCCCCGGGGCAGGGACUUGUGUCGUGACUCGGUGUUGUGUGUGCAGGAAGGGCCGAUUUUAUAGAGCUGUGAUGAAAACUUCUACGCUUCCUAUGCUUUAUUUCCUUUAUUUUUAGGUUGUACAAUGCACAAUGAACCUGUAAAAACUUAUUUAUUCAAGUGCACAAAGUGAGGAGGAGAAGGAGGAUCCAUUGAAGUAGAAAUCAGGCUGGUCUGAGUUCAGGCCGGGCCAAGCACCAACAAAGGAAACUACAGUAGAAAGGGGAUUGCAACAGCAAAAUGACUGGAAAAAAAAUCACAUUCAGGCUUUGGGAAACACCUCCCUGCUGAACCUGGUGCUCAGAGGGGCAACACUAUGCCUUUAAUUCCCUUCUAGUGCUCCCUGGUGAGUCCCCAGUGCAGCAAUCAGGCACUGGCAGGAGUUCCAUGGAGCAUCCUGGGGUCACAAACAGCUGCUCAGCUCCUGCCUCUGGCUUUGGAGUCAGUGAGGUUCCUGUGCCCUCCUGCUGCCUGGAUCCAGCAGGGUUGGGAGUGUUUGGAGAGGGGGUGAGGGGCUGCAGCAGCUCCCACUCUCUGCAGGGUUCAGCUCUCUGUGCCUCAUCCUGGGCAGCCUUAGGAGAGAUUUAGGACCAGGUGCAGUUUUUGUUGAUUCCUGAGCGUGUCUUCCAUGGGAGUCUCAGUGUGAGACUCAGGUCUGGCUUUACCUCCUUAUCCACUGGGAAGGGACUGAAUGCCCUGGGAGUUGGGGGCAUUUUGGAAUGUUUUCUGCUUUGUGUGUGGGACAGAGUGUGUCCUGCUGAGGGACUGGCAGCACGAGGAAAACCUGGAAAAGGGCAGGAAUGCUUGGAGGGUGAGAGCUGAGGAACAUCCAGUAGCUUCUCGUAGGAGCCAAACACAGUGUAUGUCCUGGAAUCCAGGAGCACAAUGUAACCCAGAUGUUUUGCAGCUGGGAGUUGGGCAGCUCCAGCUUCUUCCUCAGCACACAGCAAAGUGCUGGGACCUCUGGAGACUGUAAAUGAGUGAUUGCUGGAGGGGCAGCAGCCUUAAUUAAUUUCCUAAUUACCUCUCCCCCAUCGCUUAUAUCUCUGGUGAGAGAGAGAGAGAGAGAGGAGGAGAUACAAGUAGAAGCUUUUCAUCCCCCUGAUUUUAUCAGAUCCUUUCCUGCAGAGGGACCAGGAUAUGGUGCCCCUUGGAGCUCUUGUGCCUCCCUUCACCUCCAACCAUGGAGAUCCAGGAAGAAAACUCAGCUGCCAUCCCUUGUCCUGGUUUGGUCGGUGCCCAAGGCACUCACAGGAUUUGUGCUGGAGAAGGAACCAACCCACAGAUUCCAUGGAACCCUCUGAGCUUCCCAGCACUGCUCAAGGCCUGGGUCACCUGUGUCACCCUGCUGGCCCCUGACACUCCCUGGAUGAUGAGGAGGGACAGAUCCUUGUGGGAAUGACGAGCUCUGCAUCCUGCAGUUCAGGAGUUCUGGGGAGCCAGACUGAGCUGUCAGAGAGCUCAGGGUGGCCUGGGCACUCUCCUCACCGUUGGACUCGCUGGUAUGAAAGAUCUUUUCCAACCUGAACAAUUCUAUGAUUCCAGGACCCUUUGAGCAAAGGCCUCAGGUGAGGAGUUUGUCACCUGCUCUUUGGUGGGUGUUGUGGGAAAGCAAAGCCUGUCUGUCCCUUUGGUCACUGCUUUGGUGGCCAGCAGUGUCCAAGGCAGGGCUGGCUCAGGAGCAGCCUUGGGAAUGGGCAGCACAACCCUGGAGCUCAGCACUCGGCUGUGGCUGAGCCACUGCCAACCCUCCAGGGCUUUUGAGUCUGAUCCAGACUUCACCCAGGAAAGCCCAAGGGAACCAGACCCAGGAAUGAAUCUUUGGGAUUCCUGGAAAGGGAUCCAGUCUGCCUGAGCAUCAGCCUUCCCUUGCCUGUGCACCAGUGCCUGCUGGCAUCCCAGUGCCCGCUGCUCCCACCCUGCUGCAACCUGGAGCUGCUCCGGCCGUGCCGGUGCCUUCCCCCAGCGCCAGCCCUGCACUGUAACCGCUCCUGGGAGCGAUUCCCAAAUGCUGCUUCCAGAGGGGCCUGCUCAGACUCAGCUGGGAAGCCAAGGGGGCAGUUUGGGACCCGGCACUGGCCGAGCUGGGAGAUGUUUCUGCCAAGAGACUCCUGGUUUUGUCUUCCCUCUCCCUGACCUUUUAUUGUUUUGCCAUCAUCUGGGGCAAGCUCAACUUAAAAUCGUGGAAUCACAGAACAUCCUGAGUUGGAAAUGACCUGGAGCUUCAUCGUGUCCAGCUCCUGGCCAGUCUCUUACUGCUCUGUCUGCAAAUUGGGAAGAGCUUUCACCUGGUUGAAGGCAGGCCUUGGAGCUGGUGGGAUCUCAUCCAUGUGGCCACAGCUGUGACCCCACUGCUGGAACACUGAGCCAGAAGCUGAAACCUGUUUGCAAUAAUUGAAGAUCCUCUGGGGCAAUCAAAGCCAAACAGUUCCAGAAGAGAGAAUUUCUCCUGCUGGUGCUGGGUCCAGUUGUUCCGGGGCUGUCACGCAAUUCCCCCUCCUCCACCCCCCUGCUGCCAGCAAAGGACUUGCCAGGAAGCAAAAACACAUCUUGGAGCAAGUCUGCUGCCAAAAGAAUGGAACUUCCUGAGUGCUGUGCUGAGGAAAACCUGUCCCUGCUGCUAAAUGUCAGCCUUGAGGAACAAGACUUGCGUGGGCUCUUCCUUUUUGGGGGAUUUGCCACCUCUGGCUUGCCAGGCCCAGUCCCCUGGGACCCACAGUGCUGGGAAGGCUCCAAAGGCACUAGACCUAAAUUUGGGAUUUGCUGCAGAUGAGUCAUUCAGUAGCAAUUUGUCUUCCAUCAGCCAGGGGUGUGGGGACACCCAGCAGCUGGAUUGCUGAGGGAGAGUGGGAAAGCAUUGCUGAGGAUGUAGAGGCUGGAUCUGAGCUGGUGCAAGGGACAAUGGGGAUGUGGAAGUGUCCCUCCAUCACCUCUCGGCGUGGUACAAACGAGGCUGUUCCUGCAGGAAGGUGUGGAUCAGUCUGGACAACCAGGGAACAUCUUCAUCCAGUUGUGUUCAGUUCAGUUGUGGAUGCAGUGGGAGAGAGGAUGAGGAGAAGCAGCUUUUUAGGGAAGCAGCAGGGAGUGCAGCACAUCCUCACUGUCCCUGGAAUUCCAGGACCGAGCAUCAACUCCAGCUCCUUUUAAUCAGCAGGAAUUUGUGUCUCCUCAACCAUACAAAUCAGAAAUUCUUGUGAUUCCAUCUCUUUUCCUUCCUUCCUGUUGGGGACAGCACUUCCUCUUGCAGUGCAGGCUUUGUGCUGCCCCUGCUCUUGGCUGGGGUUUGGCUCUGGGCUCAGCCUGGCACGGGCAGUGGGAUUCCCCCUGUGCCAGGACUCGCUGCUGGGAUCAAACUGAGCUUGGAGGGUCUGAGUCUGGGAUCAGUCCCUCAAGUCCCACAGGCAGGAAGGUGACAUCACUUGGUCAUGAAUGGAUUUACUCAUCUCUUUUUGAAUCCAGAGAUUCCAAAUCCCCAGGACUUGACACUCCUUAGUGUGAAACUUGCCCAGCUCUGGGUCACACUCAGUUCAAGCGCUGAGUCACUUUCUUCUUUCUUUAGUCAAACUUAAUCCUUGAGGAAGUCACUUGAGCAAUUGCAGCCUGGGAGUGGAGAGGUUUCCAGCCUGAUCAGCUCUUCCAUCCCACCUGGAAACAUCUCCAGCUGGAGCAUUGCUCCAGGGCUGCUUGGGGCUGUGUCCCUGCCCUCACCUUGCUGGGGACAGGUUUCCUUCUGAGACGUGUGCUGGGGUCACUUCUGCAGCCUUCCUUGGGGUUGCACUAAAUGACCUUUAAAGGUGCUUUCCAGUCUUUCCAAACUGUUCUGACACAUCCAGGAGGAGGUGGGUGAGAGCCAGACCUGCCUCACCUGCUGCUCCUGCACCUUCACCCCAGCCCUGUGGGGUACAGCAGUUGCUCAGGUGCUCCCCACCACAGUGAAUUAAUUGUUUCCAUCUCAUCCCAGCCUUCCCUUGGGAGAGCCUGGAUCUUCCUCUUCUGCUGGGCUGCCCCUUCCAGGGGAAGGUCCUUUCUUGUGGCCACAGACAGGCGGCCUGGGGUUUGAUUCUUGCUGGGAUUGUGUGUUCAGAAAGCAGCAGCUGCUACCCCCACCCCUUAUUUUUCCACUUGGAAGAGAGUCCAGGCAGAGGAGAAGCCAAGGGAGUGGUGGUGGGGACAAUCCCACUGGUGCAGAGCUGCUGGGGACACCAGUCCUGGCUCAGGGAGGGGACAGCCAGUGCUUCCAGUUCCUCCCAGUCCCUCCAGGGCUCAGCUUGGCACCGCUGCCCUCGGGAUGCUCGGGCUGCCCUGCUGCUCGCUGCCAGAGGAGGCUCCCAGCGCUGGGAGCUGUUCUCAGGCUGCUGCUGGUGAUUCCCCUCCUUCCUCAGCACCCCCGGGGUCCCUGCACUGCCUGGCCCGGGGUCCCUGGCCCUGUGGCCCCGGGGAUGCUCCUGGAGCAGCCGUCCCGAGGGUCCCGGGGUUUGGGCUCGCCCUGUGUCACCCGUUUGCUUUUGGUGCUGAAUUUGCUCUCUGAUCCCGGGCGUGGAAACCUGAGGGUUCUCCCUGUGUCUUGUCCUGGGUAACUCCACCCUGGAGUUAUCCCAGCUCCCAGGGGUGGCUGUCAUGGAAAAUUCUGCUUUUCUUGUUUUGUCUGAGCCAAAAGCACAGAGAGGAUUAAGGAUUGGGAGCAGGGGAGAACCUUGGACACGGCUGUGAACCCAAAAUCCUUUUGGGGAGCAGAAACUACACAGUGUUUUUGUGAACUAUCUUUGCAGCACUGAGGAAAAAUCACAGGAAUUGGAGUUUUGGGAGCACAGAUGUGCAGUCAGUGUGUGAAUAUUUGAACUCUUACUGGUUUUAAAGGUUUUUUUCCUUUUUUUUUUUUUUACUCCAUUUCCAUUUUCCGCUCCAUUUGCGGAUCAGGUUUUCACUAAAAGCUGGAGUUCCAGUUUCAAAAUGUUGUGUGCCAUAUUUUAUUUAUCCUUAUACAUUAUAAAUAUAUAAAUAUCUAUUUAGACUGAAUAUUGCAUUGAAAAAUGCUGUUAUUGGGAACUUCAGGGUUUAAACCCAAGACAAAAAAAUUGGGAAAUAAUUGUCCAGUACUUUUGCUGUUUGGGACCUUCUUCCUGAAGAGGCUCCUUGAUUUUUAUGGUGUAAAAACAAAAUCACAUUGAAAAUUCAAAGUUUGACGAUGCUAACCCUGAAGUUCUCAGGUUUGUGAUCCUUUGGUUUUCUCAAGGUACAUCUGGUUGCUUUUCUGGUGCAGUCAAAUAAUUUUUAAAAGGUUUCGUCUCUGGAGUUAUUGAGGAAAAGGUGGAAUGAGUUGAUCCAUCCUGCUUGGCUUUUUUAACCUAUUAAUCUUUGAAGUGAUCGAUUUCCAAUUAAAACCCAACUUUUUAGGUCUCUGUUCUAUUUAAACAUUUUAGGAGUGAGAGCCUGCCCUUGCUGAGUGGGACUUGGAUGGGGAAAGCAGUAGAUGAUGAGGUUGCUGUUGCUCAGGAAUUGAUUAUUAAACUUUUAACUACUAAUAAAAAUCCAUUUUUCAAUGGAUUUUUAGAAAAACCCAUUUUCUUAGGACAGUGAUAUGGGAUGUUUCCUAGUGAAUAGGAAUUAGUUUAUAUAGUUUAGCCUAUUAAACUGAAUUAUUUAAAAUUCAAACUUCCCCUAAUUUAUCUUUUUUUUGGUUGUUAAUUUUUUGUUUUCUUUUUUUUUUUUUUUUUUAUACUGGUAAGUUGUCCUGUCAUUCCUUUCAUUCCUGCCUAGCAGUAGUGUGAAUUCUGGUGUGUAUAUAUGUAUGUAUAAUAUAUAUAUUUCCACCCGGCCUUUCUAAUUCUCCACAAUGUAAGAGUUAGUUUUUGCUCCCCUCCCUCCACUUAAUUUCUUGUGUCUCCCUUGAUUUGUAAUUGAAAUGAUGCUUUGAAGUUUUGUCUUUAUAUUAAAGUGUCUGUAUUUUAA